GAGAGAGAGAGAGAGAGAGGUGUAUUCUCGGCUCAGAUCGUUCAUUCUCGGCCAGCCUGUUCUCCUGGAGGUGUUCCCUCUCUGCCUCAGACUGGAUGUGACAGGUGAUCAGGAGUCUGUCUGUCUGUGCGUCAGUCUGCUGGGCUCGAGCCGCGGAUGUUCUGGGGCAGGCUUCUUCCCUCCUCGGUGAGACUGGACGGAUAAUCUCACCAUGGCGCAGGAACCGGAGGGGAAUAACCGGCUCCUGCAAGACGUGCUGACGAGACCGGGCAACGAAACGUGUGCGGACUGCGGCAACCCAGAGCCGGACUGGGCAUCGCUGACUUUAGGUGUGUUCGUUUGCCAGGCCUGCUCACUCCUUCACCGGAGCAUUCCCCACAUCAGCCGAGUCAAGUCUAUUCAGGAAACAUGGGAUGCCAGUGAUGUAGAGUUAGUGGCUGCUCUCGGCAACACCGCUGCCAAAGCCAAAUAUGAGCAGAAGGUCCCUGCUUUCUACUACAGACCAACACACACAGACUGCAAGCUGCUGAGAGAGCAAUGGAUCAGAGCCAAGUACGAGAGGAAUGAGUUUGAGUUUAUCGAGAAACAGGAGCCUUACUCUGCAGGAUACAGAGAGGGGUUUCUAUGGAAACGAGGAAGAGACAAUGGUCAGUUUCUCAGCCGAAAGUUCAUCCUAUCUGAGAGAGAGGGAGCGCUGAAAUACUUCAAUAAGCAGGAUGCAAGGGAUCCAAAAGCAGUGAUGAAGAUUGAAACCCUCAAUGCCACUUUCCAACCAGCCAAGAUUGGCAACCCCUGUGGUCUGCAAAUCACCUAUCUGAAAGACAACAGCACAAGGAACAUAUUUGUCUACCACAGCGAUGCUAAGGAAAUGGUUGACUGGUUCAAUUCUAUCAGAGCAGCCAGGUUCCACUACUUACAGGUGGCAUUCCCUGGAGCAAGUGAUGAGGAGCUGGUGCCCAAACUGACUCGGAACUUCAUGAAGGAAGGCUUCAUGGAGAAAACGGGGCCAAAGCACACAGAGGGCUUCAAGAAGAGGUGGUUCACUAUGGAUGACAGAAGACUUAUGUAUUUUAAAGAUCCUCUGGAUGCCUAUGCACGUGGUGAGGUGUUCAUUGGCAGUAAGGAGAACAGCUACACUGUGUUGUCAGGCUUGCCCCCAUCUACACAGGGCUGCCAUUGGAACCACGGCAUCACCAUCGUCACGCCUGAUAGGAAAUUUCUGUUUGCUUGCGAGACAGAAGCUGAGCAACGGGAUUGGAUAUCUGCCUUUCAGAGGGUCAUUAAUCGACCAAUGAGGCCCCAGGAAUAUGCAGUGGAGGCCCAUUUCAAACACAAGCCUUGAAGUCUUCAGUCGGCCCCAACUCAGCUGGUCCGGCCCAGUCUCAUUCAGAACAGAGCCAAUCCCAACAUGUGACAGCAGAUGAAGGCAGGAGGUGGAAGGGUGGGGUUGAUGUACAGGACAAAGGCUUUGGGAUGAGCUGAGAUGAGUGAAGAUGAUGAUGAAAAAAGGAUUAAGACAAGGAAGGACACAGGUCUAUCUGUGUAUAGAAAACUUAAACUUGAAACUAAGACUUUGGGCCAGCCGUGAGACAAAACACUGAUCAGAGGCCAAAGGGCAGAUGAUGUCAUUACUACUGCGCCUACCAACCUUGUGCUAUACAUUAUCAUACUUCUUUUCUUCCAUGUGCCAUGUAGACCUUUUCCCUGCAACAACCCCACCCUCACUCCAUCCCGCUGCCCUACCUGUAACUGCUACCUGUAACCUGAUGUAAUUAUGUAAUCUAGAGUCAUUUCACUGGUUGCUGAACAAAGACAAUGCAAUGUUAAUUUAUUGAAUGUACAGUUUUGAUGACAGUGGCUUACUGUGUGUGUGGACUUGUGAUGUUUUUGUUGAGGACGCUGUGAGGUUGACCCUCUGGCACUGAAACCCUGUUAAACCUGAACCUACAAAGUGCAGUUAACAACAAAUAUGCAUAAAAACAGACAACUCUCAGUGAUUACCGCCGCUGUUAACGUAGCCCGAGGUGGCUAAUCUGCAUCCAGACAGGGUCUUUUUAAAACCUCAUUUAGACAGCUGUCCCUUAUUUAUUUGUACUGUUGAACAUACUGAGUCUUAGACGACGGAUUCAGUUGCUGAUUCAAAGGAUUGUAAUGUGAUAGAUUGUAAGUUGUAUAACACAUCUACAGCUGUUUGGUUUUUCUUUUGCAUCUUGUUUAAAAGACACAUCGUUGUGUUUACCCUUAAACUGCAGUUAUGGGUUGUUUCAUUAUGAAAACACAACUUAAAAUGAAUACAGAUUAACUUAAAAACCUGUAGUAUUGUUUGGUUUGUGCUUGGUGUAGAAGACAAGCAAUCUGUGUCAUCUUUAGGACCAUGUGCCAUUUCAAUAUGAUCUUUUUCAAGUCAAGGAUCAAAGGAUCGUUCUGGUUUACUACUAUCUUUGGCUUAUUGCUGGACUUUAUGUCAUUCUGAUCAGUAAUAAUAAACAGUUUGUUUGAA